AUGGAAGCCACUGCAGCAUCAGCAGUCGAUCAGAUGACAGGGUCAUCCUGGCGGUCACAGACAUUAUCGCAAACAACUUCCCGGCCGCCAGAGUCUCAAACACAGCAACACUCAUCCCAGUUAGACGAGGCAAAUUCCGAGACUGGUAAAAAUUCGACGGCCCCUCUUCCCGAACAUGCCGAAUCCUCGUCAAGCCUAACGGCAUCGCAGACAACCGGUCCGCAGCCGAACAGCACCGCCGAUAUUAUCUUCACCGACACCACAGCCACCAUUCACCUGUUCAUCGUCGAUGUGGGGGCUAUGCCCAUAAACAGCAAUGACGGCAAUCGCAGUAGCUCGCUGUUCGAACCAUCGCUUAUUGUAGCUCAACCGGGCGACACUGUCGUCUUUCGCUUCCACGGACCCUACACGCUCUACAGGUCUGGGGCGCAAGACCCAUGCCGCGCGCCCCGGCUGAGCCAGAACCCUGUCACAGCGAAUGGGAUCGUCUCCUCCUAUCAGGUGCCGGUUACUUCGUGGGAGCCGGUUUGGUUUUCGGCAAGCUUGAGUGAUAAUCCUCAUCAAUGUGAUAAUCAGACAAUCUUUGGCCUCAAUGUUGGUGGGGAUAGCAUCUCACACAGUUAA